AUGUCAAGAACACAACCACCUAAAUCAACGUUAUCUAAACUUGAAAUUCAAGCAUUAGUAACAUCAGAUGAUCCAUCAAUUUCGUUUCCAAAACCAGCAAAUGCUAAAAGUGAAGUUUGGACAGACUAUUCAAAAGUUUAUUAUGAAAAUGAAGGUCUUGAUUAUAUAAUAUGUCCACGAUGUAGAUAUGUAUAUAUUUCAAUUCAUAUAGAUCUGAUAGAAAAGCUUUCAGGGAUGACAAUUUAUAACGCUGUUCCCGUUUCCCAUGUUCCCGUGCAAAAGUCUUCACGGGAAAAUACGGGGAAAAGUCGUUCCCGCAGAACUCUAGUUCAUGGUUUCCAAGAUGAACCGUUAGGCAUUCAUGUUGACCCUAGAUUUAGACAACCAGAUAUUAUGACGGAUAGAAUAAUCAUUUAA